AUGCAAACAGACCAGCAGGAAGAGCAUUCGCUGACGCUGACUUGGGUCACAUGCAUUUGCUCGCUUCCGUUGUCCUGGACAUCCUCCAAGCAAGAGAGGCGCGUCAGAUAUGUCGCGUCGGUGGAAGCAGAGACAGUCUCUGUUCUCCUCAGAGCUGUCAGCAUCAACAACCGCCUCGUCCUCCUCGCCCGAGUCCCCGGCGGCCCCGUCGCACGCCUCCUCCUCCCCAUCGACGAGUUUGUGGCGGAGCUGGAGGGAGGACCCAUCGUCACAGACUCCUCCCUCCAGGACCUCAUCGUCGCCUGCAGCAAGCGCAUCCUCGGCCCCAUAGGAAGAGCGGCGCGCAUGCGCGGAGGCACGCAGGGGCUGCCGGAGCGCUUCCUGCUCAAGUCGCUCUACUCAGAACUGCAGACCCACAUCCUUGCGCACCUCGCUCCUCGUCACCUUUCCUUCCUCGCCUGCACCUGCCGCAAGAUGAACUCGCUAGGUGAGGAGAGAGGAGAGGGGAUGGACGGCGAGAGGCAACUUCGAAGGUCAGCAGUCAAGCAGCUUUUCCGCAUUCCCUUCCCUCUGAAUCCACUCGCUCCAUGGCUCCCGCAGCCUCCUCCCCGGCAGCCCUUCUUCGACCCUCGCUUCCCUCUCCCCUGGAUGAACCACCAGCAGUGGAGCUCAACAGGAGGCGCUCCUUCCUUUGGCGGCCUCCCCAUCCUCAGCCCCUCCCGUAGGGCGCAGACUCACGCUCGUGACCCCUUGCGCGACUGCCCGACCCGAGAAGGGAGCAGGAGCAGCGCUGAUGGAGGAUCUCCUUCUUCACUCCCUCCUCGACCCAACAGGACUUCUCCCAUGAUGCUCGGCGUGCGAGGCGGAAACUUCGGCGGGAUGGGAUCUUUUGGAACUCCGGGCUCCUUUCGGUGA